CCUAAAGGACGGGGACCUUCGGGACCAGGGUUGGGCAGUCCUGCUUUCGGCGUAGCCUACUGAACUGGUUCAAUGUGGAAUGGGCUUGGUGCGUUUAAUAACAAGCCAAAUUCGGUUAGGAAGGUAGCCUAUUAUAGAUUAUUAGUCCAAAUCCGCUCUGUUAAAGAAUACAUUUAAUAAUAGAAAUGGGAUUAACAGCGAUGAACUUCUCUGAGAAACAAAAGGCUAACUUCUAUUUUAAUUCCAGUGGCACAAAAGGGCGAUUGUUUCUCUGAGCAGAUCUUUUUACAUUUAGCCUACGAAUUGAAAACUCGGAUGUGUUAUUUGCGGUAGUUCCUUCGAAGGAAAAACUUUAAUAGUUAGAUCCGCCACACCUCUGUCCAGUGCGAAUAGUGCGCCACCUGUUCACACCUUCCGAUUCAAGUCUGUAGUCACAGGAAGUCUGGACAAGGAAACGCGUCUGUGAGAGCUUAUUACUCUGUGUGGACUGUAGAGUAAUAAUAACUCUCCGAAACUGAUAAAACAAGUACAGGCAAAGAUGCACUGUUUAUGAGGCAUUCUGAGUUUUCUGACACUGGCGGCAGCUUCUUCCACACAAUCGUCAGGAAAAGAUGGCGAACUCGACUUUGGGGAGCUUGUUUUAUCAGAAACCGGCUAAGAAUGCAACACAGACGCCCGAUGUUGAUCGUUGGUACAAGGCGUACCUCGUGGGGAUUAUCAUCGCCAUAUGUGGCAAUUUUCUGAUCAGCAUCUCCUUGAAUAUUCAGAAAUACACCCACGUUAGGCAGUCCCAGACAGGCUCCAAGCCCUACUACAAGAGUGUCCUCUGGUGGUGUGGCAUCACCCUUAUGGGCGUGGGUGAGCUGGGUAACUUUGCAGCCUACGGCUUCGCCCCGGCCUCCCUCAUCGCCCCGCUGGGCUGCGUGUCGGUCAUCGCCAGCGCUGUGAUCUCUGUGGCGUUCCUCAAGGAGACGUUACGGGCCUCUGAUGUCCUGGGCGGAGCUCUUGCAGUGACGGGGACGUACCUCUUGGUGACCUUUGCCCCCCACACCUCCCAGCACAUCACGGCGUACGUGGUCCAGAGAUACGCUGUCAGCUGGCAGUUCCUCACCUACCUCGGUAUAGAGAUUAUAGUGUUUUGUGUUCUGCUCUACCUGUACAAGAGGAGGAACAUGAAGCACAUUGUGGUGGUGUUGAUGCUGGUGGCUCUGCUUGCCUCGCUGACGGUCAUUUCGGUCAAGGCCGUGUCCGGGAUGAUCACGGAGUCGGUGAAGGGGAGUCUCCAGCUCACGUACCCAAUCUUUUACGUCAUGGCUGUGGUGAUGGUGGCUUCCUGUGGGUUCCAGAUCAAAUUCCUGAAUCAAGCCAUGAAAAUGUUUGACGCUACAGAGGUUGUGCCCAUCAACUUUGUGUUCUUCACAGCCAGCGCAAUUGUUGCAGGCAUUGUGUUUUACCAGGAAUUCUACGGUUUAGCUCUCCUGAACAUCUUCAUGUUUCUUUUUGGGUGCCUGCUGUCCUUCCUUGGAGUGUUUUUGAUUGCGAGAAACAGGCCAAAAAUCAAGACCGAGCAGCCUUUCAUUGACAUGGGACAGAUUCCCGGAAGAAGAUGCACUGAUAAAGUACAGCCAGAAGCCAAACACAUAACAUAUGGGUCUCUGGCAGCCAAAAUAUUACACCUGGACAAGAUAGUUGGGCAGCAGGAAUCAUCGACAUGAGACGCAAUCCAUGCAGCUGCUGUUUGGACAAACUGUCCGUAUCCUCGGAUACGCGCACGCGGAAGGCCGGAGUUCCUGGUUUACAGCCACGGGGAGCACUUCUUCGGAGCCUGACCCUCAACGGAAAUUCCUUACCAAGUGCCGGUAGACAUAUGAAGUGUUUACGAGUCUGUAACAAGCCAAAAAUGUGGGAUUCCCACCAACGCGAAGACUUCGUUAUAUUUAUUACUUGAAAGGACAGCGAGGCUGGACUUUAACAUGUUGCUUCAACUGAUGAGUAAUUCACGCAAACUUGUUUUGAUGUGAAAAUGGCGCAAUGCUUAUUACUGUUGUGUAUGGCAUACUAAAUGCAAAAAGCUAUUAAAAUUAUGAAAAUGGUGUACAUUAACAAGUAAAUGCAUUACCAAUAAACUGAUUACUGUAGAUAAUUUUUCACCAUUA